AUGGACGAGGAGUGGGUUGAGUGCAGACCUAAGAAAAGAAAGCGGAAAACGACACCCAUGAAGAAUAAGAAAGAGAAAAGCAAGGAAAAAGAUAAAGAUACAAUAGCACUUCUAGCGAUGGUGGAAGAAUUAGUUAACAAAACCUCUGAGCUGUUGAAACUCACCAAGAGCAAUAUCAAUACGAAAGUAGAGAUUAAAGUAAUCUCGAGAGAACUUGAGCGAUCAGCACAGAAGCUCCAAGAAAGGUCAAAAUUUCUCAGCGACUCAGAACUUUCCUUUCACAGUACCGUAGAGGGGAGAAAAGCCUCAGAGACAGAAAAUGCCAAAAAAGCGGAGGUGCUGCAUAAAGUAAGCCGCGAUGCGGACACGCAGACAAGUCCUCUGAAUGGAAAAGGCCAAAGGAUCCGACAGCCCUCAUUAACAAAUCAGGGGGCUAUCACGCACGCGGAGGGAGAGGAGAGCGAAACAACACGAGAAUCAGCCGAGGAUGAAGCCCCGAACGGACGUAGAAGAGCAACCAAGGACACAUGCACGUGCACUUGCACAUGUCUUGCCUCUAGGUUGAGCACCCCUGAGGACCUGAAAGCGUCCCUGGAAUUUGGGGAUUUCGCAGAAGUGGCGAUGCUUCGUUGGGAAGAAACAGUGUACACCAAUACGAAAAUAAUAACGGGCAACCCCCUCAACUCAGAAGAUUGUGUUGUUAAGGUGGUUAUAGUGGAACCAAGUGAUCCAGGGAUGAAGGACAGCAUACAAAGAAUGUAUAAAGAAAAGUUCCCCGAACUACCAUCACUGGAAGGGGAUUUCGAAGUGAUUGAACAGAUAACACGAAUCAGAGGAACAGGGGACACCCACAGAAAGAAAAUAGUCAAAAUGGCAUACGACGAAACAUCAAGGGGGCUCUGGGGGAAACUAAGCGAACUUAGGCAGGAGACUAUCAACGACGAGCGGGUGUCCAUCCACCACGUCAAGGGGGCAAGCGUCGAGGAGCUCCGUAGAAUGACGGAGGUCAUAUUCCACACGGGCAAAACCAACGUGGAAAUCCACACCACACUCCAGCAGAAGAAUAGUCCGAAAGGAAGGAACACGUAUGGAGUGAUAAUAAACAGGGGAGGUAAGUUCUACAAAGACAUACUAGGAGAGGUCAAGAAUGCGGUGGGAGGCUCUGAGACGGCAAACGCUAUCAGAGACAUCAGGAGCACGAAGGACGGUAGUCUGCUGCUAACCAUGGACAAAGACCAUCACGCACUGGGCAAACUUUGA